GGACUCAGGUCAAAGUCGCGGGCGGCGGCGUUCCUUGACGAGUGCCGGUGGGGAGGGGGUCUGGAGGCCGGGGCUCGGGGCGUCCCUGAGGGGCAGGCGGGGCUGAUGGCGGCGGCCGGUCUUUGGGGAGCUGCUGUCCGCAGUCUGAGGCCUCUCGCGACCGUUGGGCCGGCCGGGUGGGGGCAGACGCUGCAGGUCGGGCCCUCGACCCCGCCUUUCUGGCCAGGGCCGAGCCGGGCCCUCCGCUUGUCCGCGGCGAACCCGGCCGGGCACAACAAGUGGUCCAAAGUCAGGCACGUUAAGGGCCCCAAGGACACGGCCAGGAGCCAGGUCUUCACCAAGCUCUCGAGGCUCAUCCGUUUUGCUGUCAAAGAAGGAGGCCCCAACCCCGAGUUAAACAGCAAUCUGGCCAACCUCCUGAAAUUGUGUCGAAGCAAGAACAUGCCAAAGUCAACUAUUGAGGCAGCACUGAAAAGUGAGAAGAACAAGGACAUCUAUCUUCUCUAUGAAGGACGAGGCCCCGGAGGCUCUUCUCUACUGAUUGAGGUACUUUCUGACAGCGGUUCCAGGUGCCAUGCAGCCAUCAAGCACAUCCUGAACAAAAACGGGGGAGUGAUGACUGAUGGGGCUAGGUACUCCUUUGACAAAAAGGGGGUUGUCAUGGUUGGCACAGAAGACAAAGAGAAGAAGACCGUGAAUCUGGAGCGAGCCCUAGAGUUGGCAUUCGAGGCUGGAGCUGAAGAUGUACAGGAAUCUGAGAAUGAUGAUGAGAAACAUAUGCUUAAAUUUAUAUGUGAUAUCCCCUCACUUCAUGAAGUGAGGACAAAAUUGGACUCCCUGGGCUUGUGUUCUGUGUCCUGUGUCCUAGAAUUCAUCCCUAACGUGAAGGUGAAGCUGUCAGAUGGGGACAUGGAGGCAGCUGCCCAGCUAAUUGAAGCACUUAAUAGCUAUGAGGAUGUGAUUCGAGUCUAUGACAACAUUGAGUAACAGGGUUUGCCUGGAGAGAAACAACCUAGUGUCUCACUGUUCAGAUAGCAAUCUGUAAACUGCCUUUGGAACCUGAGGAGAACAGCAUGCCUUGACAGGUCGUCAGUGCAUUAAGCCAAGGUCAGUUACAGUGGAGAUUCAUACCACAGCCAACUUGCUGAGUGGUCACUGCCUGCCUUGCUGCUCCAUGAGGAAAGAAGGCCCUUGGAAUCUUCAUAUCAGUGGCAUGCAGUGCCAUACUGAGGAAAGCUGAGAUGAUGUCUGAUCCCUGCUGACUGACUGAACCUAGAUGUCUAAUCAAGCUGCUGCCUGGCUAAUCACUGAAUGCCUGGAAUAGAAGCUGCUUUUUUGAUUAGUAAAAAAAAUUAUUUAUAUUGGUAA